UCGGCGGAGCGGCGGCGAGCGCUGGGCCGGGGACCCGCGUGGGGACCGGACCGGGACCGGGACCGGGACCGGGAACGGGACCAGGAUCUGGAUCGGGAACGGGAACGGGACCGGGACCAAGAUCCGGAUCGGGAACGGGACCAGGAUCCGGAUCGUGAACGGGAACGGGACCAGAAUCCGGAUCGGGACAGAGAGUCCCCCUCGGGACUGGAACCGGAACCGGGACCGGGAGCCCCACUCGGCCGCUCCAUGGCCGAUCCCAUCCCGGUUCCCGUGGGAAUCCUGCGCCUCCCGCGGGGCCCCGACAGCUCCGGCAGCCGCGGCUUCUCCCGGGACUGGCGGCCCGGGGCCAAUUCCCGGGAUCGGGACAAUUCCCGGGAUCGGGACAAUUCCCGGGAUUCCGCCGCGCUCCAGGGCGCCCGGGCCGCGCUCCGGGAGCGAUUCCUGCGGCUCCUGGGCCGGGCCCGGGGGAAACGGGCGCGGUUCCGCCUCUGGAACGGGCUCCGCGUGCUCGCCGAGUUCGGCGCCGCCGACGUCCAGUCCGGGGCUUUCCAGGUGGAUUCUCUGCGGACCCCGCUGGGCGUUCAGGGCGCGGCUCUGCUGCGCUGCGGGGACGUCCUGGAAUUCUCCUUCCCUCUGGAAUGAGCCCGGAAUUCCCGGAAUUCUCCUUCCCUCUGGAAUGAGCCCGGAAUUCUCCUUCCCUCUGGAACGAGCCUGGAAUUCCUGGAAUUCUCCUUCCCUCUGGAAUGAGCCCGGAAUUCCCGGAAUUCUCCUUCCCUCUGGAAUGAGCCCGGAAUUCCCGGAAUUCUCCUUCCCUCUGGAACGAUCCCGGAAUUCCCGGAAUUCCCCGCUCUGCAAUUCCUGGAGUCAGCCCCCGAGGGAAUAAAUGGAAUUUUCCUGCUUUUC